AUGUGUGAGGAUAAUACCACUAGAGUCAGUGAAGUUGUUCUCCAUGGAUUCCAAAACCUCAACAACUAUAAUAUAGUCUUCUUCUGUGUUCUACUUUUAAUAUUUCUAGUUAUCUUGGUUGGAAAUAUUUUAAUCAUUACAUUGAUAUCAAUUACCAACCUCAGACAUCCCAUGUACUUUUUUCUAAAACAUCUUUCCAUAGUUGAUGUCUUAUUCAGUUCGAAUAUUGUGCCAGCAUUGCUACAUGUCAUAUUGUGGGGCCAAGGCCUCUUAUCUAUAACUGGGUGUAUUUUUCAGUACUAUGUACACAGCUUCCUGGCAUUCAUACAGUCUUUCCUACUGACAGUUAUGGCAUAUGAUCGAUAUGUUGCCAUCUGUGACCCCUUACAUUAUUCUACUCUCAUAACCACUAAAACCUGUUACUACCUUGUCUGCUUUUGCUGGAUGUUCUCCUACAUCCUUAUUUCAAGUGAAAUUAUCUUUCUGUAUCAAUUACAGUUUUGUAAAUCAAAUUAUAUUGAUCAUUUCUUUUGUGACAUUGCUCCAAUUCUUCAGAUUUCAUCUUCAGAUACUUUCAUCGUUAUCUGGAUUGAUUUUGUGAUAUGUUUCCUUACCAUAUUUUUCCCUUUUUUGUUGGUCAUUGGCUCAUACACAUGUAUUUUUAUUAGCAUCCUAAAAAUGUCUUCCGUCGUAAGGAAAAAAGCCUUCUCAACCUGCAGCUCACACUUGCUUAUUGUUUGUUUGUAUUAUGGGACUUUGACUGCUAUAUAUGCAGUGCCAUCAGGGGACAAUUCCCACAAUGAAAACAAGUUCAAAUCUCUUAUAUACACUGUGUUAACGCCAUUUAUUAACCCAAUAAUAUACAGUCUACGGAACCAGGAAAUAACGCAAGGCUUGAUAAAGCUAAUUGAUCUACAUGUGUGGGCUGAAUUUUAA